GCUAUUUAAUAUAAUUGGCGCAGCUGCGCAGGUUUACUUGCGAAUAGUAAACAACGUAAAAUGAUUGCUCAAUGGCAUCAUUUCUAUUAGAUAUAAAUGAAAAUAUUUAGUAUUUAAAGGGUGUUUUUUGCUACAAUUCAGUAGUAGAUAAUGAGUGUUUAUAGUCCGUCCAUGUAGGCUAUAGAUUUAUUUGGGGAUGUGAUUUAUGUACAUAUUGUAGUGUAAUAAAAUGAAAAUAACAAGCCCUAAAUUUAAUUUUUUUUAUAAAUUACGAACUACGUAUUUUGGCAGUACUUAAUAUGUCCUGCGCAUUACUUAGAGGUCCACUUUAUUCUAGUAAUCCAUCUACAAUGAAUAUCAGCAACACUGAUACUAUCAAGCAUAGAUGCACAUGCUGCCCUUAUGGAUACCACAUAGAUCUUGACUUUGUUCAGUUUUGUGAACUGUUCUCACAAAACAACACUGUUUCUGCAAGCAAACAGCGACGUCGUGAAAAGAGGUUGCAGCGUCAGUCAAUGGAGGUUCUUCUUGGACUAACAAGUCCAGUAGUGUGGAACCUUGAACAGCAUCUUCCAAAGAUUCCUCAAGAAGAUAGUAUGGUAAGUUCUUCCAGUUGCAGUCAAACUGCUAAAAUAGUACAAGAUGCCCUCCAUGGAGCAGUUCAAGACUUUCAAGAGACUUUGGAACGUGCCCAGAAUGCUGCUUCUGCUGACAAGGCAUUGUUCAUGCCAGCAAAUGGAGAGAUAGAAGAAAAGUACUCAUUUAGUGCAGGAACCUCUCCAGAGAUGGAUGUUUGUGCCACAGUUAUCAAACAUUCCGAAUCAGUGAUGUCGCUGUCCAGUGUUGGCACGUCGUGUUCACCAGCGUAUACGAACCGGGAAGUUCCAGAUGGUAUAAUAUUCAGAGCUCUGCAGGUUACAUCACCGGUAAAUGAUUAUGAUGCUUCUAGCUUAACAAGUGCUGCAUCUGGUCUGAGCGCAGUUGCUUUGCAGAAUAUAAGGGAGCAGAUGGCUUUGAGUUUAAAAAGAAUGAAAGAAUUGGAAGAACAAGUUAAACUCAUACCAGUUUUACAGGUUCAACUUUCAGUUUUGAAAGAAGAGAAAAGGAAACUUUUGCUCCAAAUACGACAGGAGGAUGCAGGAAAGUCCAGCAAUGACAGCUUUUUAAAACUUGAUUCAUUCCAUAAAACUUUGAAGAAAAACAUUGAUCCAUUGAACUUUCAUAACACUAUUCCAAGGUGCUCAAGAGGUGAUGAAAAGAAUUGGACUUCGACGUACAAAGAAAAAGAAGAAAAUGUAUUUUUUGUGUGUCGCAACUGUUCAAAGUUGUACUCUGCUGAAGAUACAAAUUCAAGAUCACAGUUAACUGACAGCUGGUCAAGACACAAUUACCAAGAUGUUGGAGUUUCUUGUUGUGUUGUUACACGUGAUGUAGGCAUAUGUCAUCAGCAGCCAAGAAUGUACAAUGCAGAAACGUAUGUAAACUUUAGUGAAAAGACCACUACUGCAGAACAUACUAAAAAAAUAAGCUUAACUUCAAACAGCAUUUCACAGCCACACACUGAAAAAGCUAUUCACUUGUCCAACUCUCUCAACGGUAUAUUAUCCAAAAGAGAUGUUGCAGUGAAUACUUCCAGGCACACAAGUAAAAUUGGUGUUCAGACUGAAAUUUCUCAGAGUCAUGUAGCUAUUCAGAUAGACCUCCCUUUGCCAAAACCUAAGAGAGUGCGUGUAUCGUAUAAAGUCCACAAGAAUGACAAACUGAGGAAGCUUAAAGCCAGACUCAAAAGAAAACUGAAAAAACAAAAAAUUAUUGAAAAACUUUCUGUUGGUGUGAUGACUGAACUUGAGGACGUGUUUAAAAAGCCAGAAAAUGAAGGGCGAUUGUUGCAGGAAAUGACUUUGAACACAAACUGUAAGAAAGAUGCCAGCACUGCUACUUGGCCACUAAUGCUUACAACUGCCAGUAAGUGCAUAGACACCUCUGAAUUCUUUGCAAGCAGAAUCAAAGAUGUAGCAGUUAACACACAGAAGGUGCAUGUCACAGAUGUUGCUAUAGGGGAUAGAAACAUAAACAUUUUUCAUAGAAAUGUGUCAUGUCAUCUCCCCUAUAAACCUGAUCAAAACAAAUCUCGGGAUAUUGCUGUUAACACUCAAAAAGUGGAACUAGUCGAUGUAGGGGUUGGAAGCAAAAUGUAUCCUGGAUUUCAAAGAUCAGUACUGUGCCAGUGUAAUAUCAUAGGUACUGUGAAUAAAGGCAGCUUUAAAGACAGUGCAACUAAUACUGUAAAAACUCCUGUCAUAGAUGUUGCAGUGGGUAACAGGUAUAGUAAGUUACAAACAAAGAGUAUAUCAUGUCAAUGUAACAUUCAAGCUGAAGACAUUAAGAGCAUCUGUAGGGAUCCUGUUGUUAAUUUGGAAAAAGUGAAAAUGAUUGAUGCUGCUGUUGGCUGUGAAGACAGAAAUAUACUUCAGAGAAGUGUCUCAUGCCAGUAUGACUCUGUGACUGAGGAAACUUUAGUUAACAGUAGCAAAAAGUCACCAAAUCUUUCCAGAAUUCCUCGCCCAGUUGAUCGUUAUCCUGCAAAUUCUCAGCAUGUUAAGGAAAAAAAUAAUUUUGACUUCUGUGAAAAAUUUCCUACAAAUUUUGAAAUGGAAAAAUUCAAUGUGUCAGUUGCACAAGAAAGUAGUAGCUUAAUAGCAAAGGAGCAUCACCAAGAAGUUCGUCUAGAAUCUGCUCUUGUCGAGUCUCCUGUGUCCACCUAUCAAACAAAAAUGGUGAAGGAACAAAAAAUAGAUCUUGGUAUAAGACGACCAACGGUAGAAUAUAAAAGGUUUCAAACUGGCUCAGCAAAUCUGGGUUUGCACAUGCUAGAUCAUGCAAAAAGUGACCAUUUUGUACAAAAAGAGCAAACAACAAGCUACACAGAAUCUAAUUUGGAUCAUAGCUUGACAUUCCAGCCAAUUUGGGAUGUAUCACACAAAAAGUCAGAACCAAGUAAGGAAAUAAAAGCAGCAAUCAAGGUGCUAAAUGAUUGUUUAAUGAAGUCAAACUCAGAUGGUCUCCCAAGCCAUGUAAAGAGUGCUGCCAACAUAAUACAACAAGAAUGGUUCCAUGUGUCCAGCACAUCAUCUGCUGCUCCACUAGAAGUAGAAGAUUACUUGGACUUUUUUGAAGAGACGUCUAGCAAGUUGUUGGAAUACAUAGUUAACAUGACUGACAUCAGUGGAAAUACUGCAAUGCACUAUGCUGUUUCCCAUGGAAACUUUGAUGUGGUUUCCAUCCUCCUCGACUCAAAAGUGUGCAACAUCAACCAGCCAAAUGCUGCUGGUUAUACCUGUGUAAUGCUGGUGUCCCUUGCUGACAUAUGCUCGGAAACACAUCGCCAGGUUGUUAGACGUCUCUUUCAGUUGGCAGACGUCAACGUCAGAGCGCAGCAGCAUGGCCAGACUGCACUGAUGCUGGCUGUUUCGCACGGCCGUCUCGACACGGUCAAGCUGCUGAUUGAAGCUGGGGCGGACAUGAACAUCCAGGAUGAAGAUGGCAGUACCGCUCUCAUGUGUGCUGCGGAGCACGGCCACAAGGACAUUGUUAAGCAGCUCUUGUCAAACCCAGAUUGUGAUGUUACAAUAGCUGAUUGUGAUGGCACUACAGCCUUGGAUAUUGCAAUGGAAGCAGGCAAUAGAGACAUUGGUGUUCUGAUUUAUGGACGCCAAGUAUUCUCCCGAAGCGCCUCUCCCCACAGUUCACGUCAUCGGCGGUCCAAGAGUGCUACUCCUUUGGUGCAUGGGUCAUCUCCGUUACAUAUCCAUUCACCACAAAACACAAAUGUUAGGGGUCGUCAUGAUAAGACUUUGUAGAAAGUCUAGAGUUUGUCGUACUAAAAUGGUUUUAACACUGUGCUUGACUUUCUUCAAAUUAAAACAGGGUAUUUGAGUGUUCAAAGUUUCACCAACCAAUUUUAAGAGAUCAUAAUUUAUUCUGUUUUCUGGUCCAACAUGUGCUUAGACUCAAUUUUGGCCAGUUGUCAUUACUAGUAUUGCUUAAAUUAAAAAAAAAAUUAAUUUGCUAAAGCUGUAAACUUUGAGGUUUUUAAAAGGAUAUGUAUAAGUUGUAGCUUGAUGCUAAAUUUAUGGAAUUCUAUAUUUUAAAAUUAUGUAAUUAUUUUGAAGACUAUCGUGAUACUUUUUUUUUCUCUUCCUUCUUCAGUUUCAGCAUGUUUGAGACUUAGGCAAUGAAAAUGCAUAAACAUUACUAACAAUUGAUACAGAUGUUGAACCGCAAGCUAAAACUCCUUAACAUUACAUUGGCAAUAAAUAUAAUCUUUUUCCAUUUAUUGCUAAUAUUUUCCCAAGCACAUUACUUCUCAGACCAUUGAAGGAACUAAAAUCUUAACCUCUGCAACAUUUUCUGUCAGAAUAACACAAACAUACACAUUUUUGUUCUGAAUGCAGUUCAGUAACAAAAUACUACAUUUUGGCCCCGAUUAAGGCUGCUGAGUACAUAAAAAAACACGAGAAAGUAUGGGUUUUCUGCUAAGGAUUUGCAGUUAAAUCCUUGAAUUCUAUAUCUUAUUUUUUAUCAAUUAUGUAUGCAUGGUUUUCAUCAAUGCAUCAGUUUAUAACUCUUUCUAACUGCACUCAGUGAAGGUUCUCUCCCUCUUAAUGCUUAGUUUACCCCCACUUCUGUUAAUUUAGUGUAAUGCUUUUUAAUCUAUAUCAUUAUUUGCUUUUGUUGCUUUGGUAGUCUCUCAAAUGUUUAUUUUGUUUUCAAAAGAAUAGUCUUUUAUUUUGAGUGUUGCAAUUACAUUGUUUGGUAUUAUGCUUUACUUUUUUUUAUUAAAAAAAUAGUUAUAUUCCAUUUUUCUGCAUCAUCUCCCUUAUAAUACUUUUAUGCAAAUUUAAAUGCUAUAGUUUUUAUUUUGUUAUUUACAUAAUUUUAAAAUAUUGAGGGAGAAAUAACUCUGUGUGACAGAAUUGGAUAAUGUCAUGCUCAUUUCGCAAUUGCUUAUAUAAAAUAUAUAUAUAAUAUAAUGUGUAGCUGUGAAUCCGUCCAAGUUAGGCACAUAUUAUCUUAAUAUAAGACUGUUUACACCUUUUUUCUUAUGCUACACUUUAUUUUUAUCAGAAACAAAUUUAACAGCAGUGCUAUGAGCAGGAAUUUUCUUAACUCUGCAUUUUCUCUUUCAUAGUAUGCACAAUAUCCCACUGAUUUAAAUGUAGUUGGUGAUGCAGUAGACCCCUUCUAAUGUGUGUUUAUUAAAGUUAUUUACAUGAUUCAUCACAACAUUUGAAAAAUAACCAACUAAUGUGUAAAAUCAUACUAAAUUAUGCCUGUAAAAAUUCUAACUUGUUAGGUGAGACUGAAAGUAGUGAUAAUUUAACUAUAUACAUGAAAUAAAACUUUAACUAGCUGCAUUUAUGUUAAAUUGUGAACUAAACAAAAGGUAAUUUUUUGCAUGUAUAAUAUACAAUUAACAAAUGCAUCUACCAUGUAAUGCAUUCUAGCUGAUCUGGACACUUCUGAAAGGGUUUACUGUCAGUCCAGGAGGCAUUAAAUUGUGAAAUAACUUGUCCUGACCUGUUGUCAGUCAGAAUAGGAGUAAGACAGACUAUGUCUUAUUAUUGUGUGCAGUUGCCUGCCAGAAGGUGAUUUCCAAAUGUCAUAUCAGUUAGAAUGUACUGUUGUUACUGAUGCAUUAGCAUAUUUUAGACAAUAUAUAUGUCACUAUUUUGUGAAUGUAAUUCAAACAGUACUUAAACAAUGAAGAUAAAAAUAAUAUAUUUUACUUAAUUGGUUACAUACUCAAAUAUAAUUUAUGUAAUUAUUAAAUGGUUAAAUUAAGUAUUUAACUAUUGGUUUAUAACAAUUUUUAAUGAAUAUGCAAAAAUAUUCAGUAAUUAAUUGUUUAACUUUAUAAAUAAUUGUAAAUUUUAUAUCCAUCAUUAAGGUUUAACUGUCUAUUUACUCAACUUCCAAACACCAAGUGCAUGCAUUUUCUGCUACAACAUAAAGGUGUUUUGUCCUCAAGUGUUUCAUGUAAUAUUGUUUUUUUAUGUAAUUUAAUUACUAAUAGGUAAUGAACAAGUUAAGUGAGUAAAAGUGACAGGCUAACCAUUUAUUUUCACUUAUAAGAUUGAAAAUCAUCACUAAUUUUACAUUUUUUAUUUAACUAUUUUUUUUUGCAGUAAUUAAAGUAAAUGCAAAAUACUUACAAAAAUAAUAACAGUGUCGUAUAUCAAGAUUUAAUUUAUUAUUUUAAAAGUGAUUUGAAUUGGAGUUGAAAGUAUUUGCUCAUUUUUUACUCUUUACAGUAUUCUAUAUUUUAAAAUUGGGGUGUCGUCUUGUUAUAUGAUAAUGUUAACACUAUUAUAAUUUUGUUUUGUUACAUUACUUAAAUCUAUCAAAAUUUUUACAUGCCUUAUUUUACAUAAGAUUUUGUGAAUAUUGCAAUAAUAUAAGGUUAACUUACUACUUUUUGUUGGUAACUAAAAAUGUAUUUAAUCAUUAGGUUUGUAAAACUUUAAACAAUGCAGUGGGCAAGGGUGUAGACCACCCACAAAAAAUUUAGAAUUUGACUCCCAAAAAUACAUGUGAUUAAAUUAACCUGAUGUAUUAAGUCUAGUAUUAUACAUGGUAAGCUAUAAAAAAACAAAAUGUUACAAGAAAAAUCAUUACAAAAAUAUUUUCACUUGGAAAGAGUAAUGUGUAUGUCAUUACCAGUCACCAUAAGUUUAAAUUGUGGAACAUGAUAAUCAUCUAUCAGUAACAGUGUAAUAAGUAAUAAUAAGUAAUAAGUAGGGGCAUGCAGGUAUCGCGAAAAGAUUUUGAGACUAGAUGAAAGUUAAAACACUUUAGCACCGCCUGUGUUUCGUGAUUGGGUGAGUUUCUCCCAGGUACAUAUCGAUUGUAACAACACCAAUCACAGUGAUUCAGUGCGGAAGUAAACGCGUCCUGAGUGGCUCGGUCAAAUAAGGCAACGAUGUCUCUCGCAGACGGCCGCCAAUCACAAGUAAGAAACCACAGGCGCAUGUAUGCAUUGUUGCAGUCUAAUAAGUGUUCAGAUCUUUUCGCGAAAAAAGCCUUCCCCUAGUAAUAAGCUCAGUACUGUCAACUUAUUACUUGUACUAGGCACUAAAAGUACUAAAAUAAGAUAACACUGUUUACAGUUUGACUAACUGUAACUAAAGAAAUGACAUGAGAGACCACGGUGGUUGAGUGGUCAUCUGAGUCGCCAGUGUGAUCAGAGCAGAACUCAAAUUUUCACAAGUGCAAAAAUUGUCUGAUGUCACCAUGAGUUGGUGGGUUUUCUUAGGGUGCUUUCAUUUUCCCGAUCCAUUGAUUCCAUCAAUGCUUCAUUGACCCCAGUGUUGACAAUAUGUUUAACCCUAAUUCUUUCAUAGCAGUAUGAUCACUACAUAUUUGUGGCAGCCUCAAGAAAUCAAUAUUGCAUAACUUCAGUCUCCAAUAUUCAAUAUGAUUACAUGAUGGUCCUACAAUUACAGAUAUAAUUACUUUGCAAAUUCUUUACACCACAACCAUACGUAUUUAACGACUACAUACGGUCUGUUCUUCUGCAAGCAUAUUACAUAAUAGAUGUGCAUAUAUUUGAUUGAUACGUAGUAUAAAACAAAAACAGACUGCAUUCCUAAUGAGCUAAACUUCCAAAAAUGUUACAUUAAUUUUCAUUAUUUUUAGUACCAUGUUCUGCCUAUGGGUUUUGGGAAUCUUUAUUCAGUUAAAUAUUUAUUUUGAAAGUAUAAAAUUGGUUUACAAUUGCUGCAUGGUAGUUAAAAUCUGCAUUGUUUAAGGUUUUACUUUACUGACAAAUGUGUACUUUUUGUAAGCAUUUUACAGAUUUAAAAAUCUGCACCUUUCUGAUCACCAAAUAUCUUAAAACAUUAAAAGUAAUAUAUAUUUAUGAAAUCUAAGUACCACUCACUCAUCUAUCACGAAAUCUCCAAAACUAUAAGGCCAAUGAACUGGAAACUUUGCAUGAAUGCCUUUUAUGCCUUCAGGUGCUAGGUAAAAACAGAUUUUGUGAAAUUUAAACCUGAAGGGGUUAAAUGGGAGGUGAAAGUUAGUUUGAAACUUUGAAAUAGCAGGCAUUAAAAACAUGGAAUUUAGAAGUAUUGUUUCUUUUAUUAUGUAAGUGCAUAUUUAAAAAACAUUUUCCAAAAAUCAAACUUCUUAUGGGGUGAAAUGGGGUUUUGUUUCAAAACUAUCUACAAAAACCUAUUUGGAAUAGAAAUUUUUAAAUAUUAUUUAUUGUUGUUAGUAGAUUCUACAGUUUUAUUUCAGGCUUCAUAACAUUUUGCACUCUUACCCCUUAAAACAAGAGGAUGGUCUCUAUCGACAUGAGAUUUUAAAAAGCCACCGCAUACUCCUUCCCACCCCUCAAAGCUAAUUUUUGUACAUUUUGAUGAAAUUUUGCACACUUGACAUUCAAAUAACAGGAAAAUAACUGUCUAUAUUUGAUUUUGAAAACCUAUCUUCCCAUCUACACGGGUUUUUAUCCCUUAAAAAAGUUUUUUUUGAAAUUUUUGAUGAACUUUUGCACACUUAACGUUCAAAAUAAGAUAAAAAUUACUGUGCACAUCUAAUUCUGAUAACAUGUCUCCCUAUACCCCAUCUACUUAUGAAUUAAAAAACCAACCCUAUCCCCUUUUGGCAACCCUUAAAGUAUAAUUUUGGUAAUAUUUUACAAACCUUUCCACACUUGGUGAUUUUGAAAAAACUACCCUCAUUUACCUUCCCCUCCCCCUUGAACCUUAAUUUUCCUACUAAUGGGUAAAAUUUUGCACACGUGAUGUUUGAAAUAAGAGGGGAAAAUACUGUUAACAUCAGAUUUAGAGGAAGUUUACUGUCUGUGAGAUUUAGGAAAACCCCCUUCACCCUUCUUUCUCACACCUUAAGCAGAAUUUUUGUACUUCAUGAUAAAGUUUUGCAUUGCAUACUUGACAUUUGAAAUAACAGGAAAAUUAUCUGCAUGUGAUUUCAGUAAAAGAGGAAGCUCGCUGUCUACAUGAGAUUUUGAUAAAGCACUUCCAUCUACUUCUUUGCCCCACCGUAAAGCAGACUUUGGUAGUACGUGAUGAAAUUUUGCACAUUUGAUGUUUGUUAAAGGGAAUUUACUUGUCCAUAUCCUAUUUGUAUAAAACCCCAUUUCCUACCCCUUUAAAGCAUAAUUUUGGUGCUAUUUGUUGAAAUUGUGCAAUUUUGACAUAUUUAAUAAGAAAAUUACUGUCUACAUUUUAUUUCAAAAAUGAAGCCUCUUCACUCUGCGUAAAGCUCAGGCAAUGCUGGGUCCUUCAGCUAACAUACUAUAAUAAUGAAAGUUUAGAUAUUUAGUUCUAGAUUUCAUCUUUACUAUUAAAGCAAAUUUAAUGAAUUUAUGUAUCAGAUGUAGCAGGGAUCUCCAAACGUUUUAGCCCAAGGGCCAAUUGACUCCUCCUCUAAGUCCCUAGGCCAAGACCUAGCCAGCUCAUCAUACCAACAUACUUUAAAACUUUGACAGGCUGGAUACCAGGCAUCAUCCCUGGAUUAGAUCUUAGGGUACUUUAUUCCCAUAAAAAACCACAUUCAUGUAGGGAAAAAUCAUUAAAAUCCUUUCACAGAGAUAGUUUCGGGCGAUAUGGGCAGUAAUAGAAAGCGUUGAGAAGGGAAUAUUUAUUUAUCUAAAUUAAUGGAGCAAACCGCCUUUGUUCAAUGAUGUCAUCAAACAUUUGUUUGCAUUUUAGUUUUGUUUAAAUUUCAUAAUAAAACAACUGAUCUGAAAUAAUAAAUUUCUGCUUACCAUUGUAUGAUGAUUAUACUGCAAGUAUUAGUUAUUCUUUGCAACAAAACCAAAAUCUAGCCCGUCAAUGACAAGUACUACAGCUAGUAUUUUAUAUUUUGAAAAUGCUGAGCUUUGUGCUGGCUUGCACUUACAAUUACCUGCAUUCUAGACAUUUACUUACUUUUAUCAAUUGUGAAGCUCAAAAAAAUGCUGGUCAAUAUUUUAUUAUUUAUAGAUGUGUAUUUAAAUUAUUAAAAUUCAUUGACAUGCUGUAUUUAAGUCACUGCUGACUACUACGGCUAUCAAACUAAGUGACCACUUAGUUAAUUUGUUGAUGUCGUUUACAGUUUGAUCUUUUUUUAAUUGUUUUAAUCAGGAAGUGUAAAUAUUUUUUACUUUAUCACAUUUAAUUUAAAUUUAUCAUUAUUUAUUGUUUUAUCACUUUUGAGGUAUUGUUUACCCUAUUGUUUUGUGGUGUAAAAAUAUAUUUUGAGCAGUUUGCUGUUGGUAAUUAUGCUUUUCUGAUGUAAACAGUGAAUCACAAGAUUAUUUUCUGUUAAACCUAUCAAAUAAAAAAAAUAUUGUGCAACAUGCAAAUAAAUGUUAAGGUAUGAUAUGCAUGUCUAAAAGAUCAUGCACAGAAUGGUUGUAAAAAUUUACUAUGCUUUAACGUUUUCAAAACUUGCAGGUUAUAAUUUUUUGUUGAAUUUUGUUUUUCAGUUAUAGCUUUAAUUACUGUUAAAGUUUAUACCUUGUAAUUAACUUUAUUUUACAGUAUAGAGAGAUGUUUAGCAGCAUCAUGCAUACAUACACAUUCUUGUUGUAAGGGACAAGUAAAUAGAUGCUAUCAGAACCCAUGACUUUUGAUGUUAAUGAAAUGCAUGGUAAACGUAAGAAAAUUGCAGGCAGUAUGUUCACUGUUUGCCUGCAGAAAUGGAUACAACAACAUUUGGCUACAUGCAAGGAUAUAUUUUGGCUUCCCCCCCCCCCCCCCCCCAGCACCAUUUUUUUCUCAUUCAAAUCAUACUUUGCAAAUGAUCCAAUCAUCUUCAUUCUGACUUUCUUACAUUCCAACAAUUAUUUUGCGGCAGUAUUUAAAUGUUGCGUGAAGAUCAACUACGUUGAAGGUGUUUAUCUGGUGGUAAUUUUUAUAAAGAUAAAAUAGGAAAACAGUCUCAUUUUGUACAUUUCUUUGCAUUGUGUAACGUUAUCCACCCCUGACUCACGUUUGUUCGGGCGCCAUUGGUUUUUGCACGACUCCCCAACCAAAGGGAUUUUCCAGCGGUUCAAUGGUUACAGAGAAAUGGCUACACAAGAGUUUGUCACAUCACUUCCACUCAACCAACUCGCAACACGUUGAUCCAGUCCUUUUGCAGUUCCGCUUCCUUACUCCUCCACUGUGCACCUUAAACACACGUUUUCUCUCCGAAUCCCAUCCUCCAUCUUGUCCCUUUUUUGCUCUCGCGUAUCCCUCCGCCGCACUCCAAAUGAGGGUUUUUGAAUUCAACACUGUUUAGCAACCUCACUUAUUCUAACGAAGUAUAAUUUCAGGAAGUGUUUAACCACUAUUAUUGAAGUCCUACAAGUUAGUUCACAAGACAAAAGUUUCAAGCUAAAUACUAGGUGGAUCAGGGUGCAAGAAAGUAGUUCCUAGCCAAUAACAGCCCCCUUGCUAUAGAAUACUGCUACCGGAGCUGUUGUAAAUAGUGGCUUGACUGCCAUUUUACCGGGGCAUUGGGGUAAGCUCCAGUCCACCUCACAAUUGUAAGAUUAAACUCUUUAUUUGCAGGCCCCUUCGCUCUGGUAUCCCAUGCAGCGGCAUGUUCACGAGGGCCUUCAUCCAUGUCCGUCUGCCUCCCUAGUUUUUCUUUUUCUUGUAAGUGGAGAAAUUAAACAAAAACAAGGAAUAGGAUUACCAGCCAGCAACAGUGUAACUUUUUAAACUUGUUUAUUCCUAUAUUUCAUUUCAUAGUACAGAAAUUAACAUUUCAUCUAAAUGUUUUACCAGUGUCAGGAAUACUACUUCAGGAACAAAGCCUAGAGAAACAUAUUACACAAAAUUGUUUUACGCGUAAAUAAUUUUUAAAUCCAGUAACCCUGUUCAGAAUUGUCUACUUAUGAACUGCAGAUUCUAGCUACCAUUUUACAGCCCUGCAUCUCUUUACCUGCACCACAGACUUCUUUGCAAUGUCAGUGUUGAGUUGAUCAUCUUCAAAUACGCGUAUAUUUUUUCUGUGACUUGGAUGCAGGCUUGAAAAUACAAAUUUAAAAGGAACAGACUAGAACAAUUAUAGUCAACAUCUGGUUGUUGCUGGAAAUGCUGAAAAUAUUUUUUACUAGUCAUUUAUUGUGUUCAUUCCAUUCAUACAGAGGGGGAGAGGGUGCAGAAGAGUCCUUGGUACGAUGUACCAUGUUAUUUUGAGCUGCUACAGUCUGUGAGCUUUCAGGCAUGCCCAGUAAAAGUGUUUGUAGUUGUUACCAUUACAAUAUAUCGUGGGCUUAGUGGAAAAUGUCGGUAAGUCCAAGUUUUGCUUGCCUAGAAUAGUGUUGUAAUGGACUUGCCGAAAUAAAGCUAGAAGAAAACGUCCACAAUCAUUCAUUAUUUGGACUUCCAAACGUUUUCUUGGCGAAGAUAUUGUCCUUACAACUUCAUCUGUGAAGUUAACUCAUUUUUACAAAAAAGUGGACUUACCAACUUUUUCCACUAAGCCAAUGAUAUGAUCACAGACCAAUGAUGUGCUUAAUUCACUGGGGUUUUUUCAAUAUGAUUAACAUGAAAGUUAAACAUUCAUAGCUGUGAGUCGUCUCUUGUUACAUCUAGAGUUCAAUUAUUUUGAGAGAUUAUUUAAUUUGCUUUCAAAUUUCUUAAUACGGUAUAUGAAAAUGAACAGAUACAGAGUAGGCUGCAGACUACUUAAUGAAAUAUAGACUCUGGCAUAACGUAGAGACUGUUCCUUAAUAGAGUUGGUUGGCGUUUGUGUUGGCAUAUAUACAUAAAAUACUUAAUGAGAUAUGUUGCAGCUAAUUCUUGCAAGCAUCUGUGCUAGUGGAGUGUCAUUUCAUUAUGAAAUAACUAGAAUGAUGCAAAUUAUUAGGCAGUUAUUAUUCAGGUUGUAUAGCCAUUGUGUUUGAAAAUAUGCAUAAAAUUAAUGAGCCUACACAUUAUUUGCACAUAUCAUGUGAACAUAAGUGGUUGUACGUGCAAAAAUAGUUGUUAUUGUCAGUGAAAAUAAUUUUUGUAACUGUGAUUUAUGUAUUUCUUAAUAUAUUUUUGUAUUUUUUUUUUCUCCACAAAUUAAUGUUACAAGUUGUGUAAGAAUGUUGAUAUUAAUAUUCAAAUAAAUAAUAUUUAUUUGAA